AUGGGCGAGGCAAGUCGGGAGCAUUUCCACGGCUCAAGACAGCUUGACAAGAGGAAAAGACGGUCCAGAUCUUUUGUAUCCACUUGUGCUGGUACCAUCCAGUUUCUCCAAUUUUGUUUCUUUCUGGUUGUGACCCAUCCCAAGUUCUGCCAUGGCUUUGUGGCUUCUACCAAUCCCCACGAUCAGUACACCCAGAGAUCCACAAGAGUCUUAUUUGUGGCUUCCAAACCUCCUCCCCUAUCCACUACUACUAGUAGUGAUACUAGUACUAGUACUGAUACUGAUACCCAAGUGGAAUAUUUCCAGUCUCUGACCGUCAAGGAACUCAAGCAACUCGUCAAAGAACAAUCUACACUAGAACGAGGAGUCUUGUCCAAACUCAAGAAAAAACAAGAUUUUAUUGAUUAUCUCAUGAUACAACAAUCACAACAACAACAACCACAGCAAUCACAACCUUCAGAAGAUGAUGGCAAUACUAAUGAUGAAAUAAUACUUCCAGCCAGUGACCUGAUACAGAAACUCAUGGACCAAGCAUUGGCCAUUACAGAGCAACUGGAACUUGUACAAGGGGAUGAAGACAAAGAACUGGAACUCAUGGAGCAACUAGAAGCAUUGGAAGAGCAAGUCGAACAACUGGAAACCAAACAAUCCACACAAAAUCAACAAGAUGAAGAAGAUGAUGAAUUUGAUGAGGAUGAGGAGGAAGAAGAAGAAGAAGAAUAUGAUGAUGAGGAAGCUGAAUAUGAUGAGGAGGAUGCUGAUGACGAAGACUUGGAUGAAGAGGAGGAUGAUGAGGAAGAUGACACUUCCAGUCCAACUGCAUCCAUGCAUAGGACCAAACCGUCAGGCGGUCCACUGAAAAUGCCAGCAUUUACCCGGGAUGAUGAAGAAGAAAUUGUUACUGUGCAUGAAGAGCACAAAAAUGCAGACAGCGUGAUGAAAGUAAAUGGGAGUACCACAAAUAACAAUGGUGCCGUCGAGCCAACCAAAUCAAUCAACGACAACAAUAACCACAUGAGUGGCCACAGGAAGAAAACCCAAGUGAUGGAACAAUUGUUUCAGCGAUAUCCUCCUCUUCGAGAACAAUAUGACGCGCAACAGCAGGAAGCUGAACGACAAGCAUCUGACAAUGAUGAUGAUAACAACAAUGACAGCAACAGCAACAGCGGUUCCGACGAGGACAUGCGACAAUUACACCAUCCCAUUUUUCAAAGCACCAAACACGUCGCCAGCUCGGAUAUGGACAUUGUUUUUGUCGGUACGGCCAGUUGUACUCCGGGUGUCACACGAGGCGUUUCGUGUACCGCUCUACGAUUGAAUUGGUCACGACGAGGGGUGUUUAAAGAAGAUCCCAAUGCUCAUGCCAAGAGCGAAUUUCGGGGUGGAACUUGGUUGUUUGACGUGGGAGAAUGCACCCAACUUUCCGUCCAACGAACGUCAUCGGUCAAACCCAGCAAAAUCACCAAAAUAUUCUUGACGCAUGCCCACGGCGAUCAUACAUUUGGAUUGCCCGGUCUCUUGUGUUUGAUGGGACAGGAUCGGGCCAGUCCUAACAAUGCCAAUGUGCAACAACAAGAAGAACCACGCGUGGUGGAUAUUUACGGUCCACAAGGAUUGCGCAAGUGGUUGCGGGUGGCCAUUCGGUAUUCCGUCAGUCGCAUCGUUCCGCCCUAUCGGGUACACGAACUCCACAAUGUACCCAUGGCACCCGAAUGGCAGUGGAAUUCACGGGCAUCGCGGUUUUACUACAAUUUGAAACACAACAACAAUCGCGGCGGCAGUAGUAGUAGAAAGCCGUGGGGGAGUCAAGGAUUGGCCGGAGAAGAUCCUCAAAAUUGGAUAUCGCAGGCCGACCGGAUUGCAUUGGAGCCGUCCACGCAAUAUGGAGAAGUCCAAGGAGGAAGAGACAUUUAUCCCAUCUAUGGUCACCCUCUAUCGACCGACGGUGCUCCAGUGUGGGAGGUGGAAGAUGAAGGAGACGUGAAAAUACAUGCUGCACCCAUGUCGCAUGGGAUUCCGUGUGUAGGUUACGUGGUCGAAGAAGCUAGUAGACCCGGUCGCUUGCGCAAUGAAAUCGUCGAGCCAAUGGUUCGCAGAAAUGUCAAGGCCCUCAAAGAAGCGGGCUUUAACAUUCCCAUGAAAGCCAUGGCCGUCAUCAAAAACUUGCCGGUGGGGUCCGCCUUUACAUUUCCCGAUGGGACCAGCAUUAGUCAGGAAGAAGCUGUCGAGGCUCCACGGAAAGGACGCAAGGUCGUGAUUUGCGGCGACACGGCCAGUAGUCGGUCAUUGGAAAAGCUGGCACAGGAUUGCGAUGUCCUGGUACACGAAUCCACGAAUGCCUAUCUGAAAGGAAUUGAUCGAGACACCAAUCUGCGUAUGGUCACUCGUGAUGCUGUCAUUCAUGGUCAUUCGACUCCCGAAAUAGCUGGUUUGUUUGCCAAACGAGUUGGCGCCAAGCGCCUGUUGUUGAACCAUUUCAGCGCCCGCUACAAGGGUGACCCGUCACUGGAUAGCAUGUCCAUCAUGACGCGCAUAGAACAAGGGGCCAUGGCAGCGAGCGGCUUGAAUGAGACCAACGUGGCAGCAGCUUGGGAUCUUAUGCUACUGCCAAUCCCGGCUCACCAGCAAUGA